AUGCAUGUCCGUGUCAUCCGUAUCCAUGGCUGUAUCUAUGGCUAUAGCUAUGCCUGUGUUUAUAUCUAUGUCUAUGUCUGUGGUUAUGCCCAUGGCUAUGUUUAUGUCUAUGGCUAUGGCUGGGGGUAUGCCUAUGGCUAUGUCUAUGGCUAUGUCCAUGUCUACGGCUAUGUCUAUGUCUAUGCCUAUGCCUAUGCCUAUGGCUAUGUUUAUGGUUAUGGCUAUGGCUAUGGCUAUGGCUAUGCCCAUGGCUAUGACCAUUGCUAUGUCUCUGUCUAUGGCUAUUCCCAUGGCUAUGUUUACAUCUAUGUCUAUGGCUAUGAUCAUGGCUAUGUCUAUGGCUAUGUCUGUGUCUUGUCUAUGUUCACGGCUGUGGCUCU